AAAUAUUCAAUGCAAACUGCAUUUUAGCCUACGCAGUGUCGGUCCUGAGCUCAACGGUAAUCAUAAAUUCAUUGCCACGCUUAGGAAGUCCUGACAAACCAAAACUUUGGAGCGAAACCUACACUUAUAUGGGUAUCGUAAUAAUUCAACGGCAACCAACUUAGUUGCUCCACCGUCACCACUCGAAGCGGACAUUAUGUGAUCACAAGAAAAUUCAGGUGGCCCAUUUGAAGAACUUUCAAAACUGUUCCCACCCAUAUAAGGCGUAGACAUGUCUAAGCUGACUGUCACAAACUUUAGCAACAGAACCGGAAGCCCGUACAAGAAUAACAAAGAAGAAGAAGUUAGAACACACGAAGAAGUUCUACAGAAGACAAAUACACAGAAAGAGAAGAAUAACGAGCUACUGCAAAAGGCUAAUAAGAAAACAGCCGAAUACCAGUCCAAUAAACCAAGUUCGGGAGUGUUCACUGAAGUAGUAGCCCACGGUGCCUUUACUACGAAGAAAUGUGAAAAAGAGAAAUCACCCAAACCAGAUCCAUCAACUACAAAAGCAAAUAAUGCUAAUAGUUCUAAAUCUUUACUCGGAUUUCCGUCUUCAGCUAACGAUUUAGCAUUAGACGCUAAAUCUGAUCUCGAAUCGGAUCCAAACAUUUCCAAAGAAGUCAAAGAAAAGGUUAUUGAGAAAUUAUUUACAUUGGUGUCUAUGGUUCAACAUGCCUACGAAUCGAAGGUGAGAAUUAUGACAGAAUUUGAUAAAUAUAAGGACACACACAUGAAGAACGAGUUACGAAGAGAACGGGAGCAUUCAGAACAAUUGUAUAAAUUGAAUAUGAAUUUUCAAAAUGAAGUUAUACAGUCUAUGCAACAACUGAGAAGUGAAUUGGAUGUCACUAGAAGUUUUUCAAACAAUACGCAUGACACUUGUGCUGAGAGUUUCAAGGAUAUUUCGCUAAACUAUGACUCUGGUGUGUCGACUCAUACACUCAAUUCCCACGACAAUAAUAUCAACUCUGACUCAUUAAGUAAGUGUGACUAAGUAAAGAUGACUAAAAUUGUAGGUAAACAUUUUAAAAUUGUGUCAAAAAAUUGUAUUUUUUUAUGAAAUUAAAGAUUUGAUGUGUUAAUUGUGAAUGUGAUUGUUAUAGAAAAUACCACAGAACAUACUUAUUUAUUAGGUUGCCUGGAACAGAUAGCUUGCUAACGAUAAGGUUGCCUAUUGUGCAUUUUUGUAAAUUUUUUGUUUUUAUAAUAUUGUAUUUUCUUUAUGGUGUAAAUUGUAUUUCCAUACAUUCUUUAUGCUGCGCAGUGGAAAAUAAAGUAGUUUAUUCCCUUUUUGUUUAAAAUUUCGCGUGUUGGUUUUUAUCACUUGGUAGGUGAAUAUAUGACAUAUUUUUAUUGUUAUAAAGACAAUGUACAAAUAAUCA